AUGCACGCCGGAAAUCGCAGCAUGGAGGACAUAGUGACAGUCGCCAGCACGAGCACACCAAGCACAAACACGGUUCAUCCCAGUGUUAACGACAUGGACUGGUUCGCCGGCGUAGCCGAGGAAGAACUGCUGUAUUACACGGGCGUAGGGAACGACGUGGACUCGCUUUGGGCUGUGAUAGGGAGCUUCGUGCCACCGCCGCCUAGACCACCUUAUUUACCCGAGGAGGGUGUCACCACCGACGGACUAACCACCUGUGAUUUGUGUUCGUGGGCGUGGAGGAACGACAGGCAUCCCUUUCCCUUCGACGGCACUCUCGAAGCUCCCGGAGAACUAGGAUGGGUGCUCACCUUAGUGAUAGUGUCCCUAGUGUCGGCGGGGAUCGGUGCAGUAGUGAUGGUGACGCUUCUACACUGUCGGAGAAUGAAGAGCGCCGGUGGCAGAGCGGGCUGCUGCAGCGUCGGCGUCGAGGACUCGAACGUUCAGGAAGCCGGCGGCCCAGGUGGCGGAGGCGGGGCUGGCGGUGGCGUGUCCGUUAUACCCGACCGACCACCCCUCGAAUUGGACAAACUGCCCCCUUAUCACGAUGUUGCGCCUAGUCCUGGGCACAAUGUGUGGUCGUGGUUAGGCUCGCGACGCGGCGGUGGUACGCCAGGAGUCGUCACGACGCCUCUGUCUCUUCCGCAACAUAGACGGGCCAUGAAUCUCCCUGUGGAGAACCACUACACCCACAUGCAGACCGACGAGGCGCUCUACGCAGAACUUGACUCGCAAGCCGCGAGCUACGCGAGCGAUCUUCAACUACAAAUGAGAGGAAGCUCGACGUACGGUACAACUUCCGGCGGACAGGACGACGAAUACCACGAGCUGGACGCCGCGAGGUUACAUCGUCAUUACGGCGCUGGCAACGAGGACGGAUCAUUGCAAAGGGACACGCUCCGUACACGGCACAGUAAAAGGUUACAAGAACCGGAUUACGAGAUGUACGAGAACGGGCCGUCGACGCCGGUGCCGCCAGGUCAGAUGCAGCAUCACCAUCACCACCAUCAUCACCACAACCAUCACCAUCAUCACCAGGACCUGCGGAUCGGCAGCAGGAACGGUGAGCAUCCGUCGUACCAAAACACAGCGUACACCGGAAGCGACGCCGAGCCGGACGGACCGACGCUGAGCAGCGCGCCGAGCAGCGCCUACUACAGCGACCUGAGCUCCAACUCGGCGAAUCAACAGAUGCCAGCGGCUGCAUCGUCCAACAACAACACGAACCUCCAUCUGAAUCCGCAGGGCCUAGAAACGCCACAAUAUCGGUUGGCGGCGAUAAACGAAAGUUCGGUGCCGUCAGACUACAUCUAA